GUAACAACCGAAAUCGUUACUUGUACAAUUUGUAACUGAACAUCUUGUUAGAUAAAUUAUUUGUAUCCAUAAAAAGAAAAGUGGACACUUUAUUUUGCGUUUAAGUAUGUGAAGUGCAUGCUCUAUUCCGUUUAAAUAUGCAUGGAUAUAAAAAUUAAAUUACGGUCGUUAUAAUAAGUGAUAUCAAUUUUAAGUUUGAUAUUACCCUUUGUAAUUUUGUAUCUGUUUGUUGAGCAGUAAAUUUGUUUCAUGAAGUAGAGUACUAAAUAUACAUUAGUUAAUAUAAAAUGAAAUUGUUUAUUUAUAAAAAGGAUUAUUCAAGAAGUGUUUUAUUAAUAAAUGUUGUUACGAGUCUUUGUUUAAUAUAUUUAUAUUUGUAUUCAAAAUUAAUAAAUGAAGAUGUCAGGGUAAGUUAAAUUGGAAAUGUAUCCUUUAAAAUUACAGAUGAAUAAUGAUACAACAUUUUUUGUUCUUUGGAUAGAAACAUUGAAAAAUAUUCACACAAUUGUGUUAUUGACGUAAUAUAUUUACGGCUUAGACAAAUUGAAAGACAUUGUAAUUAGGAUUUUGAUGUCAAUCGAUAUAGUUUAUGGUACAAUGAAUAAUAUUUAUCGUAUUUAUCGUAUUUAAAACAUUAAAGUGUAAUUUAAAUAAUUGACAAAUUUUAUUAUUUUCAAUAGUAUUUAUUUGUAUCACGUGUCAGACAUCGAGAUAUGUUUCUUAUUUUACAGAACGCAGAUGAUAAGACUUCAACUUGGCAAUCUAUUCCCGAUAAUACAACAGUAGUAACAGCCUAUCUAGAUAUAGGUACUUUUUCAAAAGGACAUCCUUAUAGGAAAAGGUCGAAAACAUUUUAUUUUGAAAGAGCCAAAGCGUUUAAAUAUUUAUUAAAUGCAUUAAUAGUAUAUACAAAUUCAAUAUUGUUUAAAAAUCAUAUGCUUGAAAUACGACGUGACCUUCUAUCUGUUACAAAAGUGUUGCUUAUUGAUUCAAUGUCAAUAACGUCAUUUCAAUAUAUAAAACGAAUUCAAGACAUUUUUCUGUUGCAUUCGUACCCAAAAUACUAUCCGCAUACAACUAAUCCUUCGUAUACAUGUGUUAUGCAUGCCAAAUUCGACUUUCUAUUGAAAGCAACGGAAGAAAAUACAUUCAAAUCAAAAUACUUUAUGUGGUUAGAUGUUGGAUAUUUUUCAAGUAAACCACCUUUAAAGAUGUUUCAUUUAUCCAAACCACCAUCAUUUAAUGAAACUAAAAUAGCGGCUGGCCAACUUGUUUCAAAUCUAACUCAAGCUCUUGAACUAGAUCCAUAUACAAUUUUUAAAAAGAAAAAGAGCAUUGUUGCGGCCGGGCUAUUAUUUGGAGAGAAAAGUCGUAUAAUCAAUUUUUCAAAACUAUAUCAAAGUGGGUUUAGGUACUUUUUGUCACAAAAUUUAACCAAUUCUGAGCAACAGGUAAUAUACGCUAUUUACUGCGAUAAAGGCAACCGUAUACUAAAACCUACAGUUGAGCUACAAUAUUACAAGGCGCCUGGUGUUUCUAACUAUCAUUUUCUUGGUAUUAACCUUAUGAAAAUAAGCUCAUUUUCGUAAUUGAAAACAAUAUUGAAAAUUACAUGUC